AUUUUGUCAGCCAUUUCCUACGCGGGUCCGCUGCCAGUCGGUGAGUUUGCAGUUCCAGGUGGAGGACGGUCCCAGCUGGCCUCGCCUUCUCCGGGUAAGGAUUAACUGCUGAUUGUGUUCUCCUGUGAGGACGGUGCUCAGGUGGAUGAAAGCCUGUCUAGGAGGCCUGUCAGAUCGGAAAACACCGCUUGGUCUCCCCGGACAGCAGCAGCAGCAGUAGCAGUCAUGGCUUUGAAGAUGGUUAAAGGGAGCAUCGAUCGGAUGUUCGACAAAAACCUUCAGGACUUAGUACGUGGCAUUAGGAACCACAAGGAAGACGAGGCCAAAUACAUCUCCACAUGCAUCGACGAGAUCAAGCAGGAACUCAAACAGGACAACAUUGCUGUCAAAGCCAAUGCAGUAUGCAAGCUCACCUACUUGCAGAUGCUUGGAUAUGAUGUCAGCUGGGCUGCGUUCAACAUUGUCGAGGUGAUGAGUUCUUCCAAAUUCACAUACAAGCGAAUUGGGUAUUUGGCUGCCUCACAAUGUUUUCAUGAAGGCACGGAUGUCAUCAUGCUGACCACAAAUCAGAUUCGCAAGGAUCUUAGCAGUCCAAAUCAAUAUGACACUGGCGUGGCUCUGACUGGCCUCUCCUGCUUUGUGACCCCUGACCUGGCUCGUGACCUGGCCAAUGACAUUAUGACUUUGAUGUCCCACACUAAGCCAUACAUCAGAAAGAAGGCAGUGCUUAUCAUGUAUAAAGUGUUCCUGAAGUACCCUGAGUCCCUGCGCCCUGCUUUUCCCCGUCUCAAGGAGAAACUGGAGGACCCUGACCCAGGAGUGCAGUCAGCAGCAGUUAAUGUCAUCUGUGAGUUGGCAAGAAGAAACCCCAAGAACUACCUGUCCUUGGCCCCCCUUUUCUUUAAAUUGAUGACCUCCUCCACUAACAACUGGGUCCUCAUCAAGAUCAUCAAACUGUUUGGUGCCCUCACACCUCUGGAGCCUCGUCUAGGAAAGAAGCUGAUUGAGCCCUUAACUAACCUCAUCCACAGUACCUCGGCCAUGUCACUGCUGUACGAGUGUGUAAACACCGUAAUAGCAGUGCUGAUUUCUCUGUCUUCUGGGAUGCCCAACCACAGCGCUAGCAUUCAGCUCUGUGUGCAGAAACUGCGAAUCCUGAUCGAAGACUCGGACCAGAACUUGAAGUACUUGGGUCUACUGGCUAUGUCCAAGAUCCUUAAGACACACCCGAAGUCUGUGCAGUCACACAAGGACCUGAUUCUGCAGUGUCUGGAUGACAAGGACGAGUCCAUUCGCCUGAGGGCUCUGGACCUUCUUUAUGGCAUGGUCUCUAAAAAGAACCUAAUGGAAAUUGUAAAGAAGUUGAUGCUGCAUGUAGAUAAGGCUGAAGGCACCACGUAUAGGGAUGAGCUGCUAACCAAGAUCAUCGACAUCUGCAGCCAGAGCAACUACCAGUACAUCACUAACUUUGAGUGGUAUAUUAGCAUUCUGGUGGAGCUAACACGGCUUGAGGGCACCCGGCAUGGUCAUCUCAUUGCCUCGCAGAUGCUGGAUGUGGCUAUCCGUGUGAAGGCCAUCCGAGUAUUCGCUGUGGCCCAGAUGGCAAUGCUGUUGGAUAACGCACACCUGCUGACAGGAAACAUGCAGCGUAAUGGUAUCUGUGAGGUUCUCUAUGCUGCCGCAUGGAUCUGUGGGGAGUUCUCAGAGCACCUUGAGGACCCAAUGCAGACACUGGAAGCCAUGUUGAGGCCCAAAGUGGCAACCCUGCCAGGCCAUAUCCAGGCUGUGUAUGUGCAGAAUGCUGCAAAGCUGUUUGCAACAUUACUGCAGAAACAUGAGGGGACAGAAGACAGUCAGGUUGCACAGGAGGCUAGCCAGCUGCUAAUAGAGAGACUGCCUCUGUUUGUUCAGAGUGCUAACCUGGAAGUGCAGGAAAGGGCAUCCUGCAUUCUACAGCUGGUGAAAUAUAUUCAGAAGCUACAGCAAAAGGAUGUAGAAGUUUCUGAGGAGGUAUCUGCCCUAUUUGCUGGGGAACUCAACCCUGUGGCUCCUAAAGCUCAGAAGAAAGUGCCUGUGCCUGAAGGACUAGACCUGGAUGCCUGGAUCAAUGAACCUCCAUCUGAGAGCGAGUCUGAGGAUGAGAAGCCCAAGACUUUAUUUGCUAAGGAAGAGGCAAAGCACUCUCGACCACGGCACACUGAAGUGGACGAGAAAGAGCUAGCACGGAGAAGGGAAGCCAGGAAACAGGAACAAGCCAACAACCCCUUCUACAUUAAAUCUUCUCCAUCCACUCAGAAGGUGUAUCAGGACAUGCCAGGUGUAGAGCACAUUCCAGUGGUACAGAUUGACCUCAGUGUGCCACUCAAAGUCCCAGGGAUGCCCAUGUCUGACCAAUACGUGAAGCUGGAGGAGGAGCGUCGACAGAAGGAGAAGGCAGAGAAGAAGAAGAAGGAGAAAAAGAAAAGGAAAGAGAAGCAUGGGAAAGGGAAGAGAGAUGACUCUGGCCCUGAGAGUGAGGAAGAUAUCAGACCUGCUCACCAGGUCGACAUCGUCACAGAGGAGAUGCCAGAGAAUGCCUUACCAAGUGAUGAUGAUGACAAAGACCCCAAUGAUCCACACAAAGCCCUGGACAUCGAUUUAGACAAGCCCCUGGCAGACAGUGAGAAGUUGCCAGUGAGGACACACCGUCCCGAGGUUCUUAAGAGCCCUGGGGCAGAUGAUAAUGGCGAAAAUGUCCAACAGGAGCCUAAGAAGAGGAGCAGCAAGGAGAAGAAAGAGAAAAAGAAGGACAAGGAUAAGGACAGGAAGAAGAGCAAAGAAGAAGAGAAAAAGAAAAAGAAGAAGAAACACAAAAAUGAUGUGGAGGAAGAGCCAGUGGAGCCUCACUCAAAUCCAGUGCAAUCAGAAGACACCAGUGCUGUGGCAGCCCCACCUACUUCCACGUCUGCCGAGGCCUCCGAUUUGGAUUUCUGGCUCUCUAGUGCUCCUGUUCCCCCACCUACCAAGGAGGUAGCAGUUUCACCCUCGACCCCAGCACCUGAGACGAGCGUAGCUGCAGCUCCAGAUUCCGAAUCAGACGAGCCCAAAGAUGAAGAAACCGAAGAGACGAAAUCAUCUAAGCAUAAGAAGAAAAAGCAAAAAAAGGAAAAGGAUGAAAAGGAGAAAAAGAAGAAAAAGCGCCAUCACCAUCACCACCACCACAGUGAGGGAGACGGGAGGGAUUCGGUACAGAAUGGCACCAUGGAGGAGGAGGAGGAGCCUCUGCCGCCCAUGUCAAACUACUGUCUCCUGGCUGAAAACACGUACAUUAAAAUGGUGUAUGAUAUUCAGGGAAAUUUGCAGGAUGGCAGUCAGGUUGUGGUGUCUGUCAUCUUUGAAAACAAAUGCAACAGUUUCCUGAAGUCCAUGGAGUUCAAUGUGCUAGACUCCCUCAACUCUAAACUGCAGCGGCCAGAUGGAGCUGGACCCCACGAUGGGCUUGUCGUGCCCUUUCAACUGCCACCAGGAGUAUCAAAUGAGGCCCGCUUCGUGUUCUCAGUGAAGAGCAUUGUCAUGCCACAGAAACUGAAAGGAACCCUCACCUUCAUAGUAAAGUCGGAAGAUUCCGCAACUCAUGAGAAACUGGACUUCAAACUGCACUUUACCUGCACAUCAUACCUAAUCACAACUCCAUGCUACAGUGAUGCGUACGCUAAGCUGCUGGAGUCCGGAGACCUAAAGAGCAGCUCUCUGAAGCUGGAGGAAGUAAACAUGCCUUUUCACCACCUGUUGGCUAGAAUCUGCUUCCAUCACCAUUUCUCUGUUGUGGAGAGGAUCGACUCCUGUGCCUCCAUGUAUAGCAGGUCAAUCCAGGGUCACCAUGUAUGUCUGUUGGUUAAAACUGCUGAUCAGACAGUCUCCAUUGACGCUAAAUGUGAUGAGCCCUCAUUGCUGGGGAACGUGCUGGAAGAGAUAAAGCAGACCUUCUCGCAAUGCUGAUUUUGUCUAAGAGACCAAUGGUGCCCUUGCCCACCCACUCCUGUACCCUCUUGCUGAAUCUGACACUCUGAAUCGUAUUAAAAAUACUGAGGCUGGUUUCCCCUCAUCUCUACCUACCUUAUAUUUAUUGGAACUCUUGAUUCGCUUUAUUUUUCUCUUUUAUUUCUGUCUUUUCUAAUCUUCUCGUGUGUCAGUCUGGUGUUUGACCUCGCCCACCCCAUCCUGCUUUCCCAUUGUCUUAAUAGUCUGACUCUUAGUUUAUUAACUGGAUUUAUUUGUUCUUUAAGUUUUUUUGUAUAGUCUUUCAUUUCAGUCGCUACAUCUUUGUUUAAUCUUCGACUUAAACUUGAGUUUCUGUCCUUCAGCCUGUGUGUUUGUGCACAUGUGCGUGUCUGUGAGUCUAUUUGUCUUUCACUCUGUUGAAUGCCAUUUUCAGGGAGCAUUCAAAACUUUUUUUUUUUUGCCUCUAAGUUUUAUGCCUGAAGCAAUGCCCACAUUUUUCCAAUCUACCAAUCUAAAUUUUAGUUAAUCACUCUCCUGCCCAAGUACCUGUAAUAUACACGCCCUGGAAACAUGGUUCCAAAUGUCACCUAAUGCACUUUUUGAUUUGAAAGUCUGGUUAGUUCUGGGACCAUUCAGUUCACUCAGACUUGUUACCAAUAAACUUUUUUUUUCUUCUUUUAAAAUAGAAUGGCUUUUACAGAUUCGUCUGUGUUUACACUGACAGAAUAAAUCAAAUACAACACUUACUCUUAUGGUAGUAAGAGUUUUCCACAUUAUUGUAAAAUGCACAGCUUUACAAGUUUACUAUACACUAAAAGAUGCUGUGGAGGUUUGCAAAUAAUGAACAGUGUAACUAACACAUGGGAGAAUUACUUACUGAGGGCAUUACUGCUGGUCGCUUAACAUCGUAACAGGAAACCGGAUAAAUGUCCAUCAGAAGGUUCCAAAUACAUGAUGAAGGAUUUCAAACCCAAACAACCCAGUGCUUGAACCAAAAGUAUCAGAUGAAAUCAUUUCAGUCAGUAUUGUGCAUAGCGGUAACCUGUCUCUCUCUAUCUCUCUUUCUCUCUCGCUCACUCUUUCUUGUUUUUGAGAUAUGCCCUUAGUUUCAGUUAUUUCUGCAUCACUGUUUACUUACUGAAAAUCGAACGAAGUUCAGAAUCAUGCCUGUUUCAGUUUUUCACUUGCCCAUUGCGCUGAAUUGCAUUUUUUUCACACAAAUUUCCCUAUUAUAAACCUUUUCCCACUCCAGUGUACGGAUUAAUCAAAGAACUUGCACAAAUGUAUUUCCUGGUUCUGGUGACCUGCUCUAGCACUCUGUAGCACACUGAUUUAACAUCCAGCUGAAACCAGAUACUUUGUCUUCUGAAAGCCCUCAAACUAAGAACUAUUGCACAGCUCUGUUCGACUGACGAAUGCUAUUCAGCAUUUAAAUAGCUAGACAAAAAUCUUAGUUAAGGGCAACUGUUGGCCGAUAAGAUCCAGCUUGUGUUCAUGUAAAUGACCAGCCAAUAAGGCAUGUCCCCCGUCCCAAAGUAUCUGUAUUUCCUUAAUCUUCAGCAUGUGAAUGCAACUUUUGGUGGAUAUGUCUGAGUGGAAAGUGUAAUCUAUAUGAACACAGGCUAAACCGUGGCAUACAGAGAAGCAUCUAUAAUUAUUUUUUUAAACGAAGACAAACUUUUUGUGCAAAGUUUAUUUCAAAUUAAUCUUGCAUGAGUAGAAAUUGUGAUUUUGUUCUUUUUGUCGGUGUCUAAGGAAAUGCAUCCAUAAACCAUCCCUAGCAUUCAUUCCUUUUUUUUUUUUUUUUUUUUUUGCUCUUCUUAGUUUUCUUUUAUAUAUAAAUAUAUACAGUAUAUUAAGUGUAAGUGGGCUUCAUCAUACCACACUUUGGAUUGUAUAAUGUAUUUUAUUUGUUAAGAGUACAUACAAUUUAGGGGAAAAAAAGGAAUGCUUUUAAAUUUUAAGUUUUGCAUUAAAUUAUCAUAUUAGAAGGUCAGGGUUUUGUUGAUGUUAAAGACUCAGAGAUAGGGUGUAACCAGCUCAUAAAAGCAGCCCAUGUACUGGAUACCAACCUGCUUCCCCCCCACUCCCAUCCCGACUCCCCAAACGCCAUCUUUCCUGAUCAACUGUAGCGCAAAUCUUGCUGGAUUUUGCUUGUAUCACUCAAUGUACUCUCAGUGCUCUUUCUGUGAAGGUACUGACUCCUUCCACUAUGUAUUUUCUGACUGUAUGAUGUAAUAUAAUGUUUCAAGAAUAAAUGAGAAUGACCAGUGAUUUGCUAUUUACAUUCCCUUUAAUUGAGAGGUUUACCCAGCAGAAUUAUCAUAGACGUAGGCUGCUGUAGUUUUCUUUUGUUGUGUGAAGGUGGUGUACCAAUAAAUUCCCCACUUCUGAACAA